UGGAGUGUGCAGCGCCAGCUGGGCUGGAGGGAGCCGGGCGGCUGCCCUGCCUUCCUUGUCCGAGGGGCUCGCUCCUUCUGCCGCUGCCUGCGGACGCCGCUUCCAUGUCCCUGCUGGGCACUGCAGUCCGAAAUCGCUACGUCCAUGGCCGCUAGGCUGAGGGAGCCCUCGUUCACCUCCUGUUCUUCCACCUUCAGCUCUGACACCGACGACGAAGGCGUGCGCGGUACCUGUGAGGAUGCUUCCCUGUGCAAGAGGUUUGCAGUAAGCAUUGGCUACUGGCAUGACCCUUACAUCCAGCAUUUUGUGAGGUUAUGUAAAGAGAGGAAGGCUCCAGAAAUUAACAGAGGUUAUUUUGCUCGAGUCCAUGGGGUCAGUCAACUUAUUAAAGCAUUUCUACGGAAGACCGAAUGUCAUUGUCAAAUUCUCAACCUUGGGGCUGGGAUGGACACCACCUUCUGGAAAUUAAAGGAUGAAAAUCUUCUCCCAAGCAAGUAUUUUGAGGUUGACUUUCCAAUGAUAGUCACAAGGAAGAUACAUAACAUCAAAUCCAAACCUCCUCUAUCAAAACCCAUUGCAGAAUUGCAUUCAGAGGACACAAUUCAAAUAGAUGGACACAUGCUGAAUUCAAAGAGAUACGCCAUUAUAGGAGCAGAUCUGCGAGAUUUAUGUGAAUUGGAAGAGAAGCUGAAAAAGUGCCACAUGAAUGCACAAUUGCCAACACUCCUCAUAACUGAAUGCGUGCUGAUUUACAUGACUCCAGAGCAGUCUGCAAACCUCCUGAAGUGGGCAGCCAACAGCUUUGAUAAUGCAAUGUUCAUCAACUACGAGCAGGUGAACAUGGGUGACAGGUUCGGGCAGAUCAUGAUUGAAAAUCUGCGAAGACGACAGUGUGACCUGGCCGGAGUGGAAAUGUGCAAGUCUUUGGACUCACAGAAAGAACGGCUCCUGUCAUGUGGAUGGGAAACAGCAUCGGUAGUGGAUAUGAUGGAAUUGUACAGCAGAUUACCACGAUCAGAAGUGAUGAGGAUCGAGUCACUCGAAUUCCUGGAUGAGAUGGAGCUUCUGGAGCAGCUCAUGCAGCAUUAUUGCCUCUGCUGGGCGACCAAAGGAGGCCGUGAGCUAGGUGUCUGCCUGUACUGUUAUUGAUUUGACCUAGAAAUG